UUAUUCUUCUUCGUCUUAUAUAUAUAUAUUAUACUAUAUAUAUAUAUAUAUAUAUACAAAAAACCUUCUGCCCCAGAAUCUCAUCAUACUGAAAUUCAAUGGAAGAUACGCAUAGCAAUCCCCCUAAAAAUUCUGAUCACGACGCCGACGGCGGCGGCGGCGGAAGUAGCUCCGACAAUGUGGCGUGGAGCCCCGAAUCCACGUGGAUCAUCGCUUCCGGGUCUCUGGAAAACUCCAUCACCUUCGAUUCGUACGAGGAUGAUGAUUCUACUGGGGAGACUGAUUGUCCUCCUCGGGAUUACACCCCUCUUAUACUGAAGCCACCGUCACCGGAUUCUGGACCCUGCGAAAUUAAGCUAUGCUUCAUGAAUAGGUACAAUAUCCUGCAAAUUUAUGUUAGGAGCACGGCACGCACUUUUGAGAUCUACCAAUCAAAAUCUCAACAAUAUGGUGAGGAGUACUUGUGCACAGCUCGCUGCUCUGUUGCUGUACGGGACGAUGAAGUGCUUCAAGCAAAGUUUAGUGAGGAAAGUCUUAAGGAUACUGCAAUAAAACCAAGUGUAGAUAAAUCUGACGAGGAAGAAACCGAUGCCGCUUCUGAAGAUGACUGGGUAGAUGUUAAAGUCCUCGACUCUCCUCUUACACAGGAUGUGGUUCAGCAGGGUUUUGUGCAGUUACCCUGUGUUAACGGUGUCUAGAUGACCUCUGUUUUUCAAUACGUGUAGGAUUAUUAUGAAGCUACAGUGGAAAUCAGUGAUUCGGAUCCUUGCACAUUAGUUACAAUACGUUUUCUCUCUCUUCAGAGUAAAGAUUUUGUAUUCAUUGAUGAGAUUUAUGUUUUUGGUGAGCUGGUUGGUCCUAUUCAAUCUGGCAGCCAAGCACCUGAUGUUACUAGCUCUGCUGCAAAUCCCCUGAUGACUAUGCUUUUUCCGGCCAUACUUCAACUCUCCAAGUCUAGAGCAAACAAACUUCAAGCUGAUGAGGCCUCUGAUAAAAUGGUAAAGUCAAUUGGAGUUGAAGACUUGUCCAAUGCAACUGACGUCACUGAUGUUGAGCCUCGAAUUCCCGGAGAAGUGUCUGUUCCUGAUCAGCAAUUUUUGAAGUUGCAAGAUUCUGAAAUACUGGAAAGGGUAAAUAAUUUGGAAGUCUUGUCAGAGGUAACUGAAAUUCCCCGGGAUGAAAAAUCAAAUGCUGAUCAUCAAUAUGUAAAGUUUCAAGAUCUUGACAAAUGUACCGCUGACAGAUGUGCCACUGAAUCUGCUAAUAUCCAGAUUCAUGAACCCAAUCUUGCUGGAAAUAGCUCAAAUGAUCCUCGGGUGACCCGUGAUUCUCCUUAUCAUCGUAUAGAUGAAGUUCUGGAGCAACUUGUGUCUCGAGUCAGCAGAAUUGAAGAGGUUUGUUUAAGGUUUGAAGAAAACAUGCUUAAGCCCAUCAACAGGAUGGAGAUGAGGCUUCAACGGGUGGAGGAGCAGCUAGAGUCACUUGUUAAGCAAUCUGAUGCCUCUGGACUGCCAGCUGGUACACGGUUUUCUGCUCCUUCAUUUUCUUGCAACUCUAAUUCCAGCUCAAUCCAUAAAGAUGGAAGCGAUGGUCAUUCUUUCAGUAGGAAAUUGGCAUUGGAUAAGGGGGAAUCCAGUUCUUGUGAUUUAUUGAACACUUGUGAAGGAGUGCCAGAUUCUGAGGAGCCACCUCGUUUGUUUCCGAGUCUUGUGGUUACGGCCCCUGAAUUUUCUUGCAUCGAGGAUGAUCAAGAUGCUGAUGGGAUAGAGACAUUUAAACGGAACAAUCAAGAUGCUGAUGCGACAGAGACAUUUAAACGGAACAAUCAAGAUGCUGAUGGGACAGAGCCAUUUGAAGGGGAAAAUCAAGAUGUUGAUGUGAUAAAGCCAUUUGAAGGGAACAAUCAUGUUGCUGAUGUAUCUAAGUCAUUUACAGACUCUCCUAAGAUAAAACCAAGGUCAUGUUUGAUUGAUGAUGUCUUAGCUGCAGCACUUUCAAACUUCUUACUUUCUUCUCGUGAUAAUCCUUCUGAGCACAAGCGGACAUCUAGUAGUGAUUAUGGUGCCAGUGAAAUAGUGGGGAAUGAGAUGUCUUUGCAAAAUGCUGAGACACUUGAGUGCAGCAUUCACAAAGUUACUUCCAGUGUAAGUGACCAUGAAGACCCUCCAAAGUACACCCAGAUUCUUACAGUUACUGCUCCUGAGUUCACUUCGGAUGAAAUUGAUGGUGAAGAGGACUCAGAUUCUGUCCACUUGCCUUCUGAAGAAGCUUCAAACCCUCCUUCCAGGACUGAUGGAAGUUACUUGGUACCUCCAUCUCUCUUUGAGAAUGACUCAGUUGAAGUUUCCUCAGAGACGUCCCGUUGUGUGGAGAACAAAUCAGCAUUCGAACAAUUUACAAUCACGGGUGAUAUCUGCUCCUCAGAAACUGUUUCCUCAGAGACGUCCCGUUGUGUGGAGAACAAAUCAGCAUUCGACCAAUUUACAAUCACGGGUGAUAUCUGCUCCUCAGAAACUGUUGAAAACCAGUUCUUCGAAAAGUAUUCCUUUCCCUGGUUGUUGGACGGAAGUUCCAGCUCUUCAAUAUAUCAAACCCAAGAUUCUGUAACGACUGAUCUUUGCGAGGCUGUUAAGGUAGCUGACCAAAGGGACUCCACCACCAUUCCUUUGUCACCUGGAAAGAGGGAUUUCCUGGAGCAGAACUUAUUUGAAUCAGCCUCAGAAGAAAAAGACUUAUUUGACAAGUUAUUUGAAUCAGGUAUAGGAGAUGCCAGAUUUACUGGAGGAAAUUCCAGUACCCAGACCUCUCUCGUGACUAGUCUGGAUCGUCAUCCGCCACCGUUACCGCUCAAUUUUACUGCAAACUCUCCCAGGGAAAGUGGUGGUAUUGACUUUAGUGCUGACGAGUACAAAUUCAUAGCAUUCGAGGGUAAUGAUUUUAUAGAUCCUCAAUCAAGUGAACGUCUUUUGCUGGAAUUGGGCAUCUAUGACACUAUGCCUAAUUUUGAAGAGGAGAGCAGUGGCCUUGUUGGCAAUCAUAAUACUACCUCCAACCAAGAGAUGCUUGCCAGUCUCAUAUAA